GGAAGAAGAGGACAGAGGCCUGCCUCCGCGAGCGUAUGUUGAACAACUGGCUGGAAGAGAGAGCCGGAAAAAGUGAGUUCGGAGAACGAUAGCGAAGAAUAUGGCGGAGCCUCCGCUGCGGUUGAUCUUCGUAGUUGCAGUAUUAUUCUCAAUUUUAUAUACUGUUUUUUGUAUCGAUGACAAAUGCGCUGCUUGCAAUGCAGUCGCGGAGGAACUGGAGCGUGGACUGUUGAAUGAAAAACCAAGAAAUCAUUUGGACAUGAGACACCGAUUGGACCCGCAUGGUCAGCGUAAAGGAAAGGUAAUAGAUUACAGAGUCAGUGAGCUGAGAGUUGUUGAACUAUUAGAUGGACUGUGUGAAAAGAUGCAAGAUUAUACUCUUGAAAAGGUUGAUUCAAGCGGACAUGUAUGGAUCAAAGUGAAUAAUUGGGAUAACCUCACUACUAAUAAACAAGAAGCUCGUGCACAUUCAAAGGAUAUAUCAACUUAUUGUGGAAGGUUACUAGAGGAAAGUGAAGAUGAGUUGGCAGAAUUGAUAAAGAAAGGAUCUGUUAAAGUGGGAGAUGUUAGCACGGUUUUAUGUCAAGACCUCAGUAAUCAUUGUAGCCCGACAAGUGGUCACUAUCGGGCAGGAAGUGAUGGCGAGGAAAAUAUAGACAGAGAACUCUAAAUCAUUAGAGACUUUACAACUGAUUUGAUGGGAAGAGAGGUGUAGACCAAGUAGUUGGUCUUCGAAGGAUUUUCCAAAUUUUAUUAGGUGCAAGCUGAGACAUUUAAACUAGUCAAAAUUUGCAUGUUUCUUGGCCCAGAAGUUUACUAUUUAUUGGUGACUGUGUAACUAAAUAUUUUGUGAUUCCCAUUUUUUCUCUACGAUCAUGUAUCAACUUUUGGUAAUUUACUCUUGCAUCAAGCAAGUCAAAAUUACGG